UAAUUUCCUUUUUCUUUAACCAGCAGAGGUUGGAAAAAGUCAGAAAAAGAACAUGAAUCAGUGCCAGUCUCCUGUUAAAAACGAAGUCAGAAGCAGCCAAACCAUGGAACAAGACCACAGUUAUGGAAAGGGAGUAAGUGUUGUAAAUCUUAUAAAGAACAACCAGAGCAAACAAGUAGAAGAUGGAAGCAAUGAAAACCUACCCAUGUUUAAACUCAACCUGUCUGAAACAUGGAAGAACAGUGAUGGAUUCUGCAGACGAAGCACAUUUGGGAAAGAAAAAAAUAAAGAGAACAAGACCAUUAUGAUGAUGGGAGCCACAGGUGCAGGAAAAUCCACUCUAAUUAACAGCAUGAUCAACUACAUUCUGGGAGUGAAAUGGGAAGAUGACUUCCGGUUUGUGCUAAUAGAUGAAGGGAAGCAGAAAUCUCAGGCUGAAAGUCAGACUUCAGAGAUCACAGCAUAUCAAAUCAAUCACAUGGAUGGUUUCCGGGUUCCCUAUUCUCUGACUAUUGUGGACACACCAGGCUUCGGGGAUACUAGAGGAAUUACACAUGACCAGAAAAUCACAACGCAGAUUCAGGAGUUCUUCUCUAAUUCAGGAGGGAUCGACCGCAUCCAUGCUGUGUGUUUUGUAGUACAGGCUUCGCUUGCCCGUUUAACACACACACAGAAAUACGUCUUUGACUCCAUUCUUUCCAUAUUUGGGAAGGAUAUUGCUGAAAACAUCCUUGUGCUAGUCACCUUUGCAGAUGGGAAAAAACCUCCUGUUCUCGAGGCCAUAAAAGUGUCUGAGGUUCCCUGUUCUACCAAUGAGUCUGGAGAGCCACUUCACUUCAAGUUCAACAACUCUGCUCUGUUUGCCACCAAUAAUGAAUCUGCAGAGGAUGAGGGGUCUGACUGUGACAACUUUGACCAAAUGUUCUGGAAGCUGGGAUUUUCUAGCAUGAAGAAAUUCUUCACAUCCCUUAUAAUGAUGGAAACCAAGAGCUUGUCUCUGACACGGGAGGUCCUAAAAGAGCGUCAGCAUCUAGAAGUGUUGUUGGAAGGUCUCCAGCCUCAAAUAAAUGCUGGUCUGACAAAACUGAAUGAAAUCAAGAAGACAAGAGCUGCUCUGGACCAGCACAAGACUGAAAUGGAGGCAAACAAGAAUUUUGAAUAUGAAUUAGAAGUGAUUGUCCCAAAACAGAUUGAAAACAAAUCAAGCACCUUUUUGACCAACUGCCUAAAGUGUCACUUCACAUGUCAUGAUGCAUGCAAGUAUGGAAAUGACAGUGAUAAAGAGAAGUGUUCUUCAAUGACAGAUGGAAAGUGCCGGGUCUGUCCUGGAAAGUGUGCCUGGAACGUGCACUCUAAUCAGAAAUACAAAUGGGAUUAUGUCAAAGAAAAGAGAAAGGAAACCUAUCAGGAUUUAAAAAAGCGAUUUGAGGAUGCACAUGGACAGGUCAUGUCAACAAAAAUAAUCUUUAAAGAGCUUGAAAAGGAGCUCGAGGUUGUUCAGGAUAUUGUGGCAGUACUACUUGAAAAAUCUCAAGAGUCCUUGGAGCGUCUGCAGGAAAUUGCCCUGAAGCCCAAUCCUCUGUCCACUCCUGACUACAUUGAUCUGAUGAUAGAGUCUGAGAAACAAGAGGCCAAGUCUGGAUUUCAAGAUUGCAUUCAGUCUUUAAAGGCACAUUAUGUACACAUUUUUUUUUUUUUUUUAAUACCACUUUUACAUUUUCACGGUCUUGUCACGGCCUUGACGGUAUUUGGUCUUGGUCUCGGACCUCUCGGUCUUGUCAAGGUCUCGCUGUCUCAGACCGACAUAGUGGUCGGGGGAUUUAGCAAUACAAUACUACAAUAUCCACGAUGAUAUCCACAAUGGAUUGAAGUACGUGUCCACACGAGAAAACAUUGUAUCCGCGCCACUGAUCGCAGCGGAAACGAGCACUUUGAUCACUUGAUUAAACCCUCUGGGGACCUUUUUAACUACUCCAUAAUUUCUGGUCAUACAGAGUUAAGAAAUAUGAGAAAAUAAACUGUUAAAUGUCUACUUGUUUAUGUGCUCACCUACAAUCGAAAUAAAAUAUUGUGCUUUUGCAAAAUAAAGAAAAUAAACAGGGUGUGCGUUUUGCCUCUCUGUCUCCGUGAACUUUUUUCUAGAGCAUGUCUCUAAACUUAAACAAAACUCAGCGAAUACUAUUCACCCAGGCACGAGCAAUAUAUGUUUAUAAUCAUUUAAGUUUGUACUUUUUAAUGAUCUUAUUUAAAACUAAAAUAAAUAUUCACAAUUUAUGGCAUUUAUAUAAAAAGAGAGAGGUAUCAGCCGUACUAAUUAUCGUCCUCACAUCUCAUUAUUCUGGUAAUGUGACACGCCCAUGGAGAUCGUGCGCUAUUCAAAUGCAAAUAUCUGAAGCAACACAUUGAGAGUGUACACACUAUAUUCAGUCACAUUAAUGUACUGUUGCACAGGCUGUGAGGAAUAAUCCUGGGACAUUUACCUACCUCAGAACAAGUGCUAGUUUAUUUUCAUUUCGAGGAGGAGCAACAGAUCCAGCUGAGAAUUGUGUAAGUGUUCUAUUCUUGUGCUUUGUUCUUAUUGCGAUAUAGAAUAACGUCAGUG